CCUCCCUGAGCUGGAGGGGCUCGGCGCGCCGCGGUGAGAUCCUCUGGGCUUUCCAGCUGAAGCCGGCAACCGCGCGCGGCCGGGAGCGACCAUGGGGAGGCUGUCAUGACCCAAAAUGAAAAAAAGCCGCUGAACACACCUGCUUCCUUAAGAUGCUCUCUGCAAAAUUCCGAGGAAGUCUUGAUUGUGACAUGGCAGAAAAUCAAGGCUGUUAGCCCAGAAAACAUGGUCACCUUCAGCAAGAACCAUGGGGUUGUGGUCCAGCCUGCCUAUAAAGACAAGAUAAACAUCACCCAGCUGGAACUCAAGAACUCAACCAUUACCUUCUGGAACACCACCCUGGAGGAUGAAGGGUGUUACAAGUGCCUCUUCAAUACUUUUGGUUCUGGGAAGAUCUCAGGAACAACCUGCCUCAGCCUCUCUGUACAGCCCACAGUGUUCCUUCACUAUAAAUUCUUCGAAGACCACCUAAAUAUCACUUGCUCUGCCAAUGCCCGCCCAGCCCCUGUGAUCUCCUGGAAGGUAUCUGGGUCAGGGAUUGAAAACAGUACUGAGGUUCUCUUUCACCCCAAUGGGACCACGUCUGUCACGAGCGUUCUCCAGAUCAAAGACCCCAAGCGUCAAGUGGGGAAGGAGGUGGUCUGCCAGGUGCUGCACCUGGGGAAUGUGACCAGCGUCAUGCAAACUGUGCAUAAAGGAUUUUGGUUUUCAGUUCCGCUCUUGUUAAGCAUUGUUUCCUUGGUAAUUCUUCUGGUCUUAAUCUCCAUCUUACUAUACUGGAAACGUCGUCGGAACCAAGACCGAGAGCCCUAGAGGAAUCACACAGAACCUGGAAAAUUUACUCCCUGGUCUACUUGAAUCCGACUCAGAAGGAAGGCAGGAGGAAAAGGGUCAUUCUCUGAGAGACAUAAAGAGCAGAAGAGGUAGGGGUAAAAGACCUAAGAAUUUCAAGAUUUUCUACUGCCAUCUAAGCUAUCCAGUGCUUGUGGGAGUUCCAAAAGGAAGUUGUUUUACCUCUCAAGUCUGUUGUAGGACUUGAUUUUGUGAAGCAAUGCAGUGUUGUGCUGUUGAAAGGAGACUGGACUUUGAAUCAGUAGCCACAACUCAGAGGCUGACUCUGGCUCCAACCGAGGGCAACGCUCUGUCCAUCACUUUAUCUCAAUGAGCAUCCACACCCGCAUCCAGAAAAUUAGGAAGUUGGACCAGAUCGUUUGCCAUUCUGCUCCAAAAACUGAUGUAAUUGCAGGAAAAAAAGGAAUCAAGAAAGGAAAAAGAGAAAGGAGAACACGGGAAGGUGUUAAGGACCAAAGAACUUUUCUGAGACUACCUAUUACCUUUCUGUUGCUGUUCCAUCUCUUCUUCCAUAUUGUUCUUAGGUCCACGAGUCAAUUUCCUCCUCAUGUGGUGGUGGUAGUCCACUACCUGCUGACUGGUUUGUUAGUAACUGGUCUUUCUAGAAUCCUUGGUUUCACUGCAGUUCUUCAUGUCCUCCUCUGACUGGCGUUUGCCACAAUGAAUAUGGGACUGAAUUCAUUGCAAAAUAACAUUGACAACCUUAACUUUACUUAUCUACUUGUAUAGAAGAAUAAGUAUUGUUAGCCCAGCAGCUCACGUUUUUAAAAAAAGCAUUUCCUGUCCCAUUUGACUUAUAAUAGGAUCUGGUCCUAUACCAGUCAUUAUGAAAUCAAAAGAAAAUGCAUGAUAAAAUAAAAACAGGCAUUUAGGAA